AGAAAAUUCCACGAUAUCUCAAUCAACCCACCUCCCUCCCCUCUUCCUAUAUAUUCUCAUCCUCCAAAAAUAACAUACACCUUCUUGUUUGUUCAUCUUAUAUCCCACACCCACACACCCACACACCCACACCAACAACUACUACACAUGGGUGAGAAAAAGGAAUCCCCGAAGAAUGACGGUGAGAAGAAGCCCACCGACGCCGCCCCCAAGAAGGACGACGGUCUGAACAUCUUCAUUUUCAAGACCGACAUCCAUUGCGAGGGAUGUGCUAAGAAAAUCAAACGGGCUGUCAAGAAUUUUGAAGGCGUUGAACAAGUGAAGACGGAUAGUGCAGCCAACAAAUUGACUGUAACUGGGAAAGUUGAUCCCGCCGGACUCAAGGAGAAGCUCGAGCAGAAGAUCAAGAAGAAGGUCGACCUGGUUUCUCCUCAGCCCAAAAAAGAUGGUGGCGGUGGCGGUGGUGGAGACAAGAAGCCUGCCGCAGAUGGAAAGGCUGAGAAAAAGGGUGAAGAGAAAAAGCCAGCUGAUAACAAAAAGCCAGCGGAUGACAAGAAGGCAGCUGAAGACAAAAAGGCCAAAGAGGCACCCAAAGAGAGUGCUGUGGUGUUGAAGAUCAGAUUGCAUUGUGAUGGUUGCAUGCAGAAGAUGAAGAGUAAAAUCUCCAAGUUUAAAGGUGUUAACAAUGUGAGCUUUGACGCAUCCAAGGACCUAGUAACGGUGAAGGGCUUCAUGGACGUAAAGGAACUAGUACCUUACCUCAAGGAGAAGUUCCGGAGGGCCGUGGAAGUGGUCCCACCCAAGAAAGAUGACAGCGGAGCCGCCGACAAGAAACCAAAAGACGGCGGCGGGGACAAGAAGGAAAAAGAAGGUGCAGGAGGUGAUAAGAAGGAGAAAGAAGGAGGUGGUGAGAAGAAAGAUAAAGCAGUCGCAGCAGGCGACGGAGAAAAGAAAGAAGUUGUCGCGGCCGCAGGCGGCGGAGGAGGAGGAGGCGCCCCGAAGAUGGAGAUGAGCAAGAUGGAAUAUAAUGGGUACCCUUACCCACCUCCUUCUUACUAUUGGUACGACGAAGGGCACGUUUACAACCACAACAAGUUUGUAAUGGAGGCUCAAGCGCACCAAGCGCACAUUAGCCAAGGGUCGUCUAGCCACGGCUACGCCGUGCCGAUGGAACACUACCCUGCGCCGCAGAUGUUCAGCGACGAAAAUCCAAACGGUUGUUCGGUGAUGUAGGGUGCGGAACCGAUCGAGCGUUGGUUGGUCGAUUAAUAUUCUUUGUCAAGAAAGAUAUUAAAACUGUAAAUAUUAAGUAAAGUUUAAUAGAAGUAAAUACAAGGUUUACUUUUGAGUAGGAAUUGAUGGGAAUUUUGGCCUUUAUCACACGAUGUCGUAAGGUUUGCCGGCCAGAUGUGGAAGCCGGUUCAGAUUGUUGGGUUUGGUUAUUGGUGGGGUUUAAUAUAAAUAUUCUGCUAAUUCUUUAUUAUAUUGCACUGGAUCGGUCGAUGGUUUAGCUUUGUGGCACAGACGAGGCCACUUGAUGCUCUUGUUGAUUUCACUGGAUUAAUUAUAAUCUAUAUAUUUAAUAAUCUGUCGUUGU